AUGUCAAUUGAUUUAGUUCAAAGUCAAACUACAGUUGUUACUGGUAGUGUUCUAGUUGAUCCUUUUCUUGAACUUAGUGGUACAGGAAUAACAACUCCGGCAUUACAAAAAUCAAAUAAAUUAGAUUCAUCAUGUGUAACAAAUGGAGCGUUAAUUGGUUCAAUUAUUGGUACAUUAUUAUUAUCAGCAUUGAUUGGAUUUCUUACAUGGUUAAUUUAUUUACGACCAAAAUUUAAAGAACUACAUUAUAAACAUAUGUAUGAUAAUCAUAAAAUAAAAAAUUUACAACAACAUCAUCAAUUUGCUGUUUCGUCUUCAUUGACUCCUAAACGAAAACAAAAGAUCAACGAUGAUCAUAAUGCUAAUCCGUUACCACUUGAUGUUACUGCUUAUAAAUUUGGUACAUUUCCAUUUCGUCAUUCCCAAACUUCAAGUAUAAAUAGUCAUUAUAAUCGUAUUGAUUGGUUAAAUCGUAUUUCAUCUUCAUUUCGUUCAGUGAAUAUGGAUCAAGAUUUCGAAAUGAUUGAUAUUGAAUUAUUAGAUCCAACAUUUGGUGGUCUUAAUUUUAGUAUCACAGGAAAUAUGCGUGCAGGAAUAUUUAUUAAAGAAAUACUUGAUAAAAAUUUUUCACAAGCUCAAAAAAAAUCAAAUUCAGCAUCGAAUCAAUUAGCUACAGGUGAUCGUAUCAUGGCAUUAACUGUAUGUUUCGAUUCGAUUGUGUAUGAAGAUGCAUUAACUAUUCUUAGUUAUGCAUCACCUUACCCAGUUAUUCUUCGUGUACAACGUCCAUUAAAUCAUACACAAGCUAAUUCAACAAUAGAAAAUCGGCCAAUAGCAGUGAAUACACCAAGCAAAGUCAAAUGGCGAGAUGAUUUUGAACAUUACGAUAACGAUACACCGAUUAAUCGUUCUUUCGUUCAACCAAAUCCACCAUUACCACCUUCGACUAAUCUAAUACCGCAAACUCCACUAAAUUCUCGAGCUCCUCCUACAACACCGAAAACUCGUUCUUCAUCGAAAAAAACUCGUUCAAAUGCGAAUACUCAACCUCGUGUAAACAAUAAAUCAUCUUCGACAAAUAAAGGUAAUAAACUAAAAACAUCAUCGAAUAGUGUUUUAGCGGCAUCUGGAGCUACAACAAAACGUUGUAAUAAUGAUAUAAAAAAACAUCGAUCAAAAAUACAUGAUAAUCAACGUACAUUAACUAAUCAAAUGAUGUUAAUGUCAACUGGUUUAACUGCAAAACCACCCAUUAAAACAGCAACACCAUCAACAAAUAAAAAAACAAUAAAACCAAUACCUGAUUCAGUUAUUUCAUAUCUACAUUACAAAGGUGGUGUUGGCGGCGAAAUAGAACAGACAACAGAUGUACUCAAUAAUUCUGAAGCAACAAUCAUUCCCUAUUAUGAUUCACCAUAUGAUUAUUGUCAUGCUGAUCAACUUUCACAAUAUCAAUAUCUUCAUCAAUCACAUUUGAAUAAGAAUAAUAAUAAUAGCAUAGCAACUGAAUCUUUAACAGCUGUAACACCGAAUGAAUAA